CGCUCGAGUGUCUGUUUGGUCGCGCGACGGGAGCGAGCGGUGCUCGCGCGGGCGUGUUAUCAGCCCGCCGGUAGAAGCCGAAAGGAUCUGCGUCGCUGUCUCUUUUAUCAUCCGUUUCGUUUUUUUUUUGUUCCCCCUUCUAGUGGAGAGUCCACCUCUGACGACGUGACCAUGUCUGGAGGGUCCAGCAGCGAUCCCGAAGGCGUCCUGAGCUAUCAGAGGACCGAUGAGGAAGCGGUGGUUGACCAAGGUGGAACGAGCUCCAUCCUGAACAUCCACUAUGAGAAGGAGGAAUUAGAAAGCCACCGCACGUUAUACGUGGGAGUCCGAAUGCCCCUCGGAAGACAAAGCCACCGACACCACCGGCCUCAUGGUGCGAAACAUCGGAAGCGGGAUAGGAUGAAAGAUACCAUCCAUGAGGAGGGGCCGUCACAUGACACCCCUUCCCAGCGUGUCCAGUUCAUCCUCGGAACUGAGGAUGAUGAGGAGCACGUGCCCCACGAGCUGUUCACAGAGCUCGAUGAGAUUUGCGUGAAGGACGGCGAGGAUGCGGUGUGGAAAGAGACGGCCAGGUGGUUGAAAUUUGAGGAAGACGUAGAGGAUGGAGGAGAGCGAUGGAGCAAACCUUAUGUCGCCACACUGUCUUUGCACAGUCUGUUUGAACUUCGGAGCUGCAUCAUCAACGGCAGCGUGCUGCUCGACAUGCGGGCAAACACCAUUGAGGAGAUUGCAGACUUGAUCCUGGACCAUCAAGAAGCCUCCGUGGAACUAAACGAGAGCAUUCGGGUGAAAGUGCGCGAGGCCCUCAUGAAGAGACACCAUCACCAAAUUGAAAAGAAAAGAAACACUUUGAUUCCUAUUGUCCGUUCUUUUGCGGAUGCUGGCAAGAAACAUUCUGACCCUCAUUUGAUGGACAAGAGUGGUCAGGCUGUUUCUCCUCAGGCAGCAGCCCCACCAAACCUGGACGCAAAGAACGGAGUCCAUCAUGACAACUCUGCUGUGGAUGUCAGCAAGGUUGACCUCCAUUUCAUGAAGAAAAUACCCAUAGGAGCUGAGGCUUCUAAUGUUCUGGUGGGGGAACUUGAAUUCUUGGACCGCCCCAUUGUGGCUUUUGUACGACUCUCUCCUGCUGUCCUCCUGACCGGACUAACAGAAGUUCCCAUUCCAACAAGAUUCCUUUUCAUUUUACUUGGUCCAGAUGGAAAAGCACAACAGUAUCACGAAAUUGGAAGAUCUAUGGCCACCAUAAUGACUGAUGAGAUCUUCCAUGAUGUUGCCUAUAAGGCAAAAGACCGCAGUGACCUACUGGCAGGGAUUGACGAGUUUCUGGACCAAGUCACCGUGCUUCCCCCAGGAGAGUGGGACCCAUCAAUCCGCAUUGAGCCACCUAAAAAUGUCCCGUCCCAGGAAAAACGAAAAAUGCCAGGAGUUCCCAACGGCAUGGUCUCCCAGGUGGAACCAGAGCUCCACGCGGAGCAUCAUGGUCCAGAGCUGCAGCGCACAGGCAGGUUGUUUGGGGGACUAAUCCUGGACAUCAAGCGCAAAGCCCCCUUCUACUGGAGUGACUUCCGUGACGCUCUCAGCUUGCAGUGUAUUGCCUCCUUCCUCUUCCUGUACUGCGCUUGUAUGUCCCCUGUCAUCACUUUCGGAGGGCUGCUCGGGGAGGCCACCGAGGGACGCAUUAGUGCUAUCGAAUCUCUGCUUGGAGCUUCCAUGACAGGCAUUGCGUAUUCGCUGUUUGCCGGACAGCCGCUCACCAUUCUGGGAAGCACUGGACCUGUGCUGGUGUUUGAGAAGAUCCUCUUCAAGUUCUGCAGGGACUAUGAACUUUCCUACCUCUCACUGCGCACUUGCAUCGGCCUCUGGACUGCCGGCCUCUGUCUCGUCCUCGUGGCCACGGAUGCCAGUUCGCUGGUGUGCUACAUCACUCGCUUCACAGAGGAGGCCUUUGCAUCGCUCAUCUGCAUUAUUUUUAUUUAUGAAGCCAUCGAGAAGCUGAUCCACCUAGGAGAGAUGUACCCCGUCAACAUGAAGUCCGACCUGGACAGGCUAACCCUGUCUUAUUGCAAGUGCUCAGAACCGACAACUCCCAGCAACAAGACCUUACAGUACUGGGAGAAGAACAACAUCACGGCGGCGUCCAUCUCCUGGGCUGACCUCACGGUCACGGACUGUCGCAAAUUUCACGGCGAGUUUCUGGGUCCCACCUGUGGACACCAUGGCCCCUACACCCCAGAUGUCCUUUUCUGGUCAGUGAUCCUCUUCUUCUCAACGUUUGCCAUGUCAGGCUUCCUCAAGCAGUUCAAGACCAGCCGCUACUUUCCCACUCGAGUUAGGUCAAUGGUGAGUGACUUUGCAGUCUUCCUCACCAUCCUCUUGAUGGUCAUCAUUGACUACUUCUUAGGAAUCCCCUCACAGAAGCUCCUGGUGCCAAGUGUCUUCAAGCCCACACGAGAUGACCGCGACUGGAUCAUAAACCCCAUAGGACCGAAUCCUUGGUGGACGGUGCUGGCGGCUAUCAUCCCGGCUCUCCUCUGCACCAUCCUUAUCUUCAUGGACCAGCAGAUCACUGCUGUCAUCAUCAACCGGAAGGAGCACAAGCUCGUGAAGGGAUGUGGCUACCACCUGGACCUGCUGGUGGUGGGCAUCAUGCUAGGGGUGUGCUCCAUUAUGGGCCUGCCAUGGUUUGUGGCGGCCACCGUCUUGUCCAUCACUCACGUCAACAGCCUGAAGCUUGAGUCGGAGUGCUCUGCGCCAGGCGAACAGCCCAAGUUUCUGGGAAUCCGGGAACAACGGGUGACGGGCCUGAUGAUCUUUCUGCUUAUGGGCUGCUCCGUCUUCAUGACCAGCAUCCUUCAGUUCAUCCCGAUGCCAGUCCUGUACGGUGUCUUUCUUUACAUGGGAGCUUCAUCACUGAAAGGAAUCCAGUUUUUCGAUCGACUCAAACUGUUUGGGAUGCCCGCGAAGCACCAGCCCGACUUCAUCUACCUGCGGCACGUCCCACUGCGCAAGGUUCACCUUUUCACCGUCAUCCAGCUCACUUGCCUGGUGCUGUUGUGGAUCAUCAAGGCCUCGCCGGCAGCCAUUGUUUUCCCCAUGAUGGUGCUGGCCCUCGUCUUCAUUCGCAAAUUGAUGGAUUUGUGUUUCUCCAAGCGAGAGCUCAGCUGGUUGGAUGACCUCAUGCCAGAAAGCAAGAAGAAGAAGCUGGACGACGCCACCAAACAGGCCAAAGCUGAACAGGAAUCCGAAGGGAUGUUAGAGAAACAAGAGGAAAAGCAAAUGAUGCCAGAGACCAGCAAGCUACUCCAUUCUCCAAGGUGUGACCCUUCUGACAUCAACAUUUCUGAUGAGAUGUCCAAGACCACGGUUUGGAAAGCGCUGUCCCUGAACACGGACGGCUCGAAAGUCAAGGAGGAUGCUGCUUCUCCUGUAAGGCAAGUCUCUGCAAUGCACAAGAUUGGUGGGCUCACAGCGUUGUGGGGGGGGCUGCUGUUUGAACCUGAUUGCAAGUGGUGCAGUGUGGAGGUGAGCAGAGGAUCAAACGCUUUGUGUGCUGUGCUGCUCAGAGGUGGGCUGACAGACGGGUGGGGUGACCCUUUUAAUGUUCUGGGUUUAGAGAUUUACCUUCUGUGGAAGCCAUGGACAGAGUGACGUUUCUGUCCUCCA